AUGUUAUCUGUAUCAGUAAUUAAUAGAGAUCUACUAAAGGGAUCAAAAGGUCAAAAAAUACAAUUGGUUGAUGUAAUAUUAUUGAAUAAAAUAUUGAAUACAUACCCAUUUGGAUCUAUUAGAUUUACUUCUACGAAGACUACCAAUGAGAAAAGGAAGUCUUCUGGUGAUGUCAAUUCAAAGACAGAGAGUAAUACAACUUUGAUAACUAAAGUACAAAAACCAUCAUUAUGGACAAAAGUCAAAAAGGAGGCGUCUCAUUAUUGGGAUGGUACAAAAUUGUUGGGUUUUGAAAUGAAAAUAUCUUAUAAGCUAGUUACUAAAAUGCUUGCCGGACAUUCCUUGACUCGUAGAGAAAUGAUUCAAGUUAAGAGAACUACUAGAGAUGUUGUCAGAUUGGUUCCCUUUGCAGCAUUUGUAUUGAUCCCCUUUGCUGAGUUACUGUUACCUGUGGCAUUAAAAUUAUUUCCCAAUUUGUUACCUUCCACAUAUGAAUCCAAGAAGGAUAAACAGUCUAAAUUAGAAAAUUUAAGGAAGACAAGAGAGUUGGUAGCCGAAGUGAUUAAAGAAAAUAAAUCACAUUUUAAACCAAGCAAUAUAACUGAGGAACAGAAACAGAUCUUUAAUGAUUUCUAUAAACAUGUCAGAGAGAAUGGUGAACCUGAAUCUCGCAAACAAUUGAUUCAAGUGGCUAGGUUGUACACAGAUGAUACAGUUCUGGAUAACUUAACAAGACCGUACUUAGUUGCUCUUGCUAAAUAUAUGAAUAUCCAACCUUUUGGUACAGAUGUCAUUUUGCGUUAUCGUGUCAGAUAUAAAAUGUUGGAUUUAAAGAAGGACGACUUCUCUAUCUAUUACGAAGAUGCAGAACAAUUGAAUUCACAAGAAUUGCGCAGUGCUUGUGCGUCAAGGGGUAUCAGAAUAAAAGAUGUAAAUGAUUCCGUUUUAAGGGAGAAUUUACGUGUCUGGUUGAACAUGAGAUUAAAGGAUAAGAUCCCAUCAACUUUAUUAAUUAUGGCCACAUCAUACAACUAUGGUGCUGCCUCUUCAAAAAAAUCUUUAUACGAUUCCUUGUGUGAUGUCCUUACUGCUUUACCGGACGAAUUGUAUCAUGAAGUUAAGGUAAAUGUGGUUAGGAAGGAUAAUGCAUCUCCAAAACAAAAAUUAGAACAACUAAAAGAACAAGAAGAAAUUAUGAAAGAGGAAGAAGAACAGGAAGGGAAUGCUAAAAUAAGAAUUAAUGAUCAAUUGAGUUUAGACGAUAUAGAUAAACAACAGGAAGAUGCUACAAAAAGUAUCAAUCCAUAA